AUGAAUAUAGAUCCAUCGAAACAGGCACAAGAACAGGAAGAGCAAACAGCGACGACAACGACAGUAGUGGCGACGACAGCAACAACCACCAGCAACAACGCGGUACUGGCAUUACUAAUUUCCCCAUCAUCGCCCUCGUCAGCGUCGACCGUAUCGCCCACUGCUUCGUCGAUUUCGAAAAACAGCAGCACCGACGAGGUCGAUGAAACUACGGCGGAAGCAGAACUACCCCAACCCGAAGCAAACUGUAGCAAACCACCGGCGGCAAAUCGAGGACAUGAUGAGCAACGAGCAGAUGAAGAUGAUGACCACCGCAACAACAGUACGGUUCGGCAGCAUGAGCGGCGUUCACCUACGGAUCCGCUCGGUGUUGAGAGUCGGACCACAGCUGGGACCGAUCAGUCGAAUGCUGGUACGAUGACACGGGCAGUAACGGACACUACCACUACUACAUUGCUGGGCCAAUGCAUACAAGAAAAUGUGACCACCGAAUCAAGGAUACUCGAUGUAGAAGCGUCAGCGAUAGUGCCGCCGUCCGGACCGGUCGGUGGGCCGGUAAUGAAAGGUGAACCAGACAGGGAAAGUAACAGCUUGAAGGAUGACGAUACACUGUCAUCGUUGAUCGUGCCGGUAGAGGAGUUAACCGCGGAAGCCUUAUCACCAAAAACACCACAACCGUUGUCAUCGAGUUCAAGCUCAAGCUCAUCCACCUCCUCGACACCGUCCGUCGGUGAGGAACGGCGCCUACCGGUGGUGCCGGAAGAGGACACGUCGUACGCGGAAGAUAUACCAUCGGUAGGCGAACGUUGUUACCAUCAGCGGGAACCGCUAGCCGCUAACAAUAAUCCCACCCUAGAGGUUGAUCUCACAUCAUCAUCCACUGACGGCGGUGGUAGCGGCUGCAUCAAUGACCGCUACAACAAUAAUAGCAAACGCAGUGAUAGUGACUUUCAAAUCAUCGGUGACGGCACGCAAACGAAGGUUAGCAGCAGGAAUGGCGACGAUGGUAAUGAGGCCGCAACGUCCUUAUCGUCCGCCAGCGGUCGAACCGUUGUCAGCUCGCUGUUGGAGGAAGGCGUCCUAUCGUCUGGUACGGCACCCGCAACCGAAAUAGCGCUAGGACAAGGCGAACAGCAAAGAUGUGCCCCCGCAACCAGCGCCAUUAAGCUUGUCCCGAGCGAUGAACACGAACGGAUGGCAGUGGCGCAAGCGGCGUGGUUGGGAAAUGCAGAACGUACCGAGGUGGCGAGAACGAAUGACGACAAUAACGGCGAGUUGUCCGUAGCACCGAUAGAGUUAGUACAAACGUUACCGAUCGAAACGACACGGCCGGGCGGCAUAAUUACCGCUGUUGGUGGUGUAAUAACAGCUGCCGGUGUGACCGUGGCAGCGAAUGAAAAGAAUGACGAUGUGAACGACGGUGUGGCGGUAGCGGUGACGAACGAGACGGUUCGCACCGAGGAAAGCAAAACGUUUGCUAGUGCCGAGGAAUCGCCACCAUCUUCUUCGAUAUCCUCCUCUUCUUCCUCAUCCUCCUCCACGGCUGCUCCCCUAUCGCCACCGACUUCGUUCGCGUCCUCGUUGUCUUCGUCCGGAUCGUCGCCAGAAGUGUUGGCCGCAUCCCAACAAGAACCUUCUGGCAAGGGGGAUGACACUCAACUCGUCGUAGACAAUCGACCGUUAUGUGAUAGUUCACCGAAAGGACACUCCCUUGAGGGCGAAGGAUUUUCCGAUGCGGUACUACAGCAAUCGCAACCAGCGCCACCAUCAGCGUGUUCAGUCCUCCGUUCGGCAGGUGUGGUGCACUCGCAAACCACGACAAGCACCACGCGUCUUUUAACGCUAGCCGAGGAACUGUCGCAGGCAGCAGCCGUUGCAUCUUCGUCACCGCCGACGUACGUAGCCGGUGCACCAGCGUUAGCAGUAAGCGCACCGCCAUCCGCAGUCGUAGAUGUCCAACCAAAGAGUGCUGCCGAUACAGCAGCAGCGGUGGUCAGUGGUAGCAGCCGAAGUGCGUCCCCUGUACUGCACAGUAGUUUGAAGAAAUCGAGCAAAAUGGGUGUUCCCACUGGUGGUGCGGCAGCAGCAACGGCAAAGGGUGAAAACAGGCGACGGGUGUCCUUUCCAAAGGAUGCGCAGCUUAUCACUGGCUAUCUGGAUCCGGUUAACCCUUGGGCAUGCAUAUCGAUUUGCGAAACACCGGAGCUCCUGGAGCUGUACCGCAGCUCUUGCCGGCGACAUAACACAAUACCGCUCAAAACUGUACUCGAGCACCUGCAAUCAAUCGAUGUCACAAAGGGGCGCGUACCGUUGCUCUCGCUCAAAGAUCAACAUCUCUGCUACAGUGGGUGUGAAGCUUUGGAAGAGAUCUUCAAGCAUGUGCAGUACCGUUGCAUAGACCUCUCGCACAGCGGGUUGGACGAUGUGACGGCAAGCGUAAUGUUCGACAUCAUCGAAUACUACGAGGCGGCUAACGAGCUGGACAUGUCGGACAAUCUGCAGAUGACGACCAAAAGCUGGACGGCGUGCAUUAACAUGAUCAAGAAGAGCCAGGAACUGAACGUGCUGAUAUUCCGCGGUCCCCAGAUAUCCGACUACCAGGCCAAUAAUCUCGCCAAAGCGCUUAACAGCUCCGCCUUACACACGUUGAAGCUGGAACAUUGUGUGCUCAGCCAGCAACCGAUCGCUUCGCUCUGUACCGUACUAAAGCGCAACAAAGUGUUGCGGGAGCUUUGGUUAGCGCACAAUCAGCUGAACUGCGAAGAUGCGCUACAGAUCGCGAAUCUGCUACGGGCGAACUUUUACAUACAGCUGAUCGACAUUUCGAACAACCGGAUUGGGGACAAAGGCGUUGAGCACAUUGUCAGUGCGAUCGUGGAACAGGCGGUACACUUUAAGGACGUGCAGGACAAGAAGCGUAAAAGUGAUCUUAACUUUUCCGACUUAUCGAGCAGUCUGAACAGCAUCAACAGUGCGAAAAACUACUUUCCCCAGCGGUUGCGAUCGUCCGAUUCGGAUACAAUAGCCACCACAGCGGAAGCCGAGCUGGAUGCGUCACCUUCGUCGCUAACUCUCACUCCACCAGUAACGCCACCGUCGACUCCCGCUCUUCCAGCGUGUGAAACGACCACAGAUCAGAAGGUGGAUAAGGUGGCCAGCGGCGAAACGUUCGAAGCUACGAAUGGCGCCACCACCUUCGCGGUAGAAGCGGCCACAGUGUAUACGAUGCAGCAGCCCGACAAUGAUGAAACGAACCCACCACUACCUCCAUCACCACCCAAACCGCCAACGCCCGGUGCUGUUGUUGCUCCGUCGAACGUGAAUCUAGUGGAAAUGAGUACAAAACAUAGCGUAAGUCUACAAACAACUAGUGAUAGAGAGAAGCUCGACGCGGUAACGCGCCCUGUAAUGAUGACGGCCGAGGAAGAAGCACUGAUGAAUUCCUCUAGCGGUGGAGCAACAGCAGCGACGGUAACUCACCCGACGGUUCUACUGGGCGACGGUGAUGAGAGCAAGACGACGAUGAGCACCUCAGCGGAAACAGUACAAACCGACCAGCAAGAGUCGACGGUUGUGCAACAAGACUGUGUGGAGUUGUUGGUGACGUUGGAGGAAACCCAUUCGGAUAGCCCGGUACCGCAGGCGCCGAAAAAACCCCGGCUGGCAAAGCAGGACAGUGUGCUGACGGAGUUUGAGGCAUCGCUUUCAACGGCCAUGGAAAUUGGGGACCAAAGAGGGGAAGAAAAGCAUACGAAUGAUACGGACGGCGUGACGUCAGCUGACCAGCGGCUUACCAAGGAAGUGUCUGGAGUAAACAUGAUGGAGGAAGAUGUUCCCGAACUGUGCACUGAUUACGAUGAUGAUGGUAGUAAUUUAAGAAUUUCGCAGGAAAAUCUCUUUGUCGAUCUUGGCAUACCGGCCAUGUGUGAGGAAGAGCAAUCGGAAACAAGGAGUGCUUCUGUCGAAUCGUCCGGGGAUGUGUUUUCGCCGCUUGCGCCACCAUCGAAGAAGGAUGAGCUACAGUUACUGAUUGAAAAGUCGCAGCAGAAAGAGAAAGCACAACAAGCUGAAUCUACGGAAGUGUCACUGGCGGGUACGAGUUCGGGACAGCGAGAUACCAUGUUGACGACGGAAACGAUGGCUCCAGUGAGAGAAAGAAAAAGUGCCAUUAGCAGUGAUGAGCGAUCGGAACCUCCGUCAAUCAAGAAGGAUCGUACGCAGUCGAGCAGUAGUGACAGCUUAGUCGUGGAGCAGGGCAUACAGAUGGUUAGCGUAGCAAUCAAGGAUAAUGUGCCGCUGUCACGCUCACUGGACUCGGUCGGUGGUGAUGAGUCCGACUUUGAAAGUAGCAGUCCGUUCCGAACGACAGCUCCCAGUUCCUUCCCGAAUGAACGUUCGUUCAGCUCCGAGAGCCUAAACAGCGAAACGUCCAUCGAUUCGAAUGAUUCGAAAUCAAGCCUUAAAAUACACGAGUCCAAGUUUGCCGCCAAAAACGGUACACUGGAACGGCAGCAGUCAAAUGUGAACCGAGACACGGUCGGCACGGAACAAACGGCCAGCAAUCCGUGCGGAUUGCAAGUGUUGGUGCUAUGGAACAAUGAGAUCACGCGCAACUCGGCGCGCCACUUUCAACGCUUGCUGGAAAGGACUAGCACGCUCGAUACGCUGAACGUGGGCAGCAAUCAACUGUGCAAUAGCUUCGUUACUGGAAUCAGUGGAAGCUUGAAGGCGAACACGACGCUUACAAAUCUGGGGCUACAGGGAGCGCACCUAUCGGACAAAGGUGUCAAAGCGAUGGCGGAGAUAAUCGAGUUCGGUGGUAAUUCAUCGCUUCAACGAAUCGAUCUAAGACAUAACAACAUUCAGAAGGGUGGGCUAGAAGCGUUAAACGAAGCGAUGAAAUCCAACAAAUCCAUCACCCGUAUCGAUCUGGAUGAUACACCGCGAAGGAUCAAGGAUACUUCGCUCGAAGGCGUUGGGUCGGAGUACAGCCGGUUGGUGAACAACAUCCGGGCACAGUGCGAACGGAACAAAAACCCACCGGAACCGAGCGAACCGAUCAGCACCUCGGUGCGACGUGCCCGGGCAAACUAUCUGAGUUCGCGCAAGAUUUCCCUCACCUGCCCAUCGAUCAAAACGUCACCGAGUGCGAUUGCGGACAAGCAGCAUCUGCUCGAUCCGAACGGUGGGUGCAAAAAAGCGGCGACCGGUGGUCGUUUGCGUUCACCAUUGCCCAGUCCCAUUCCUUCACCGAUUGCCUCGCCGGUACCGAGUCCGUCCCGCAACCGAUUCCAUGUUUCGCGUGUGACCGAUUCUGCCGGCGGGGGAUCCGCUUCGUCACCGUCGCCCUCGUCGACUGGCAGUUCGCCCACGCUGUUCUUUCCGUCGAACUCCCGGUUCCGUGUGGUAACGGUGGCCGAGCCGGAUCUGGCCGGUGCUAAAAGUGCUAACAAUCCGUAUCGUAGCAGCAGCACGAUCAGUCUACCCAUGAGCAAAUCUUCCACCUCAUCAUUUGCCGUCAGCCCUAGCGGUAGCGGAACGGCAUCACCAACCACGAUCAAUCGCCGUCCGGUGUGUAGUUCCGCACCGACACUAUCAUCCUUCCCUUCAUCACCACUGUCUCCGCUUGCGGCGGGUGUUCCGGUGAUGGGACGGGCGGGAAUUGUUAGCCAAACACCAUCCCCAUUGUUGCCACCAUCAUACAGCGGCAGCGGAAGUAACACUACGUUCCAUACGGCCAUAUUACCAUCGCCACUGAUCACACCGGCAGCGGGAGUAAUUGCUGGAUCAUCACCAACCAUGCAAGCGCAUCUCGUCCCAAACACUUCGCCAAUGGCGUUGGGAGUUUCACAUGGUACACUGCUACAACAGCAACAGCAGCUUCAAUACCAGCCACUACCACCACCACAGAUCGUUCCGAUGCUGCAUCAACAGCAGCCGCAAAACUAUCACUUUGUCACAACGUUCGGUCCAGGGAGCAACACAGCCGUUCCCCUACAGCCAAUGGUUACCACCCAUGUACAGAAGUUUGCCAACAUCACUGAACCCCUCUUACCCUGCACCCUACAGCCACAGAUCGUACAACAAACAACGAUCAUUCACCAACAGCUUCAACAGCAGAUUCCACCACAAACACCAUCAGGCACGGGAAAGGUGCGUCAACACUCAUCUGAGUCAGGUCCUCAGCAUAGCAGCAGCAACAACAGCAGCACCUUGCAUGAUUCCGUACUUUCGUCCACCAGUAUCGAAAGUCCCGAUCUGGAGGUGAAACGAUUUAUGUCCGGUGGAGUCAUGCUGGACGAUAGCUGUUGUUCGUCGAUUAGCAGCAACAGCAUCGAUUCGAUCGAUAAUGCUAACUUCAACAUCAACACCUCGAUUAGCUCGGCGGAUGAAAGUUUCGAUUUGAUCGUAAGCUCACCACCGCCGGUUACUGUUGCUACCUCUAGCGGAUGUUCCACUGCUGGAGGUGGAUUGUCAGACUCAAGCAAUAAUGUCAGCUCGACAUCACGUGUCGUGGAGGAGGAGAGUACGCUAAUGCCAAGGGGAGUCCCUCUUCCCAACUUUUCCCUGCCAGGUGGGGAGACGCUGAAAGUGCCGCUGGAUGCACCGACAAGCGUUUCCACGUCCAGUAUGGUACAGGUGAACCUAGCUAGCUCGCAAGAAUCCCUGUACGAUGUGCAUGACCUAUCGGGUUCCUCAAACUCAUCGUCCAUCUCGGCUGCAGCAAAUCUGGCACAUGCAGCAAAGUCCCCAACUGUGCUGCCGACCUGCUCAGGUGCUAGUGUUGUUCCCACAACAAACAUUAGCUGCUCUACUGCUGCGGGUAACUCCAACGAAAGCACUCUUACAUCGGUGCAAAACCUCGAACGCGAGCCAACAGUUCCGAAGGUGGUGAGCGAAAAGCCACCACGCGUACGCAAAACAUCGUGGAUUCUGGGUGGCAGUGGCAGUAGUGGAAGCAGCAAUAAGCACACUGAUUCCGGUUCGAGUGGAGGUAGCACACCGACGCCCAGCGUUGGAAGCGGUUACCCACCAGCCAUCGAGAAACUGCUCAGCAUCUUCAAUCCGAGCAAUUUGUUUUCGUCCAACAGAACAUCUGCAUCGGCCAGCCCUCCACCACCGACAGUGACGCAGGAAGCUUCGGGCCACAGCGGUGGAUCACAGCCACCGUCGCGCAAGGAAAGCCCGAUGGGUGGUUUGUUCCACUGGGCCCAUCACAGUACCGGCAGUAGCAGCAACACCAGUGCCAACACAAGCCCUACUAGUACCACGGCCAAAAAGGAUGACGAUCGUGCAGUGCUAAAGGUAAACAUUUCGCCCGAAACGACGCUCACACCGCAACAGCUGCAACCGUUGCAGAAUCAGGUGCAUCUUCAAACGAUCGCGGCCGCUCAUCAUCACCAGCAGCAGAGUGCCGAGCAUAUGACACCACAGCUGAAAGUUGAGAUGAAAGAGAACAUUUCACCGGAAAACACAAUCACUAACAAGCUGCUCCUUUCCUCGAAUGCAACUACUCCGGCGGCGGGUGGCCUGUUGGGCGGUGUGGAAGCGUUAGCGACCGUUGCGAUCGUAUCCACACCGACAGUGAACGUACCGCUAGUUGGUAACGUUCCACCACAUGCGAAGGUAAUCUUCCAGCUUGGUGGAGAUUACGACGAGUCGGAGGAUGAUAUCGAUACGCUCACAAACAAGUACGGUAAUCAUCCGAGUCUGGGUGGUGGUGGUGGUGCGGCGACCGGUGGUGGAGGAGGUGGAAUACACUAUUUCGGUGGCGGCGGCGGCAUUCAUCAAAGUGGACCGAACAGCCUGCUGGGUGGGAGUACGACGAGCAACAGUAGCGGUAUUAGCAUCGGUAGCGGCACCAGUGCCGGGGAUAUGAUGAGCGGCAGCAGCAGUGGAAUGGUGGUUUCACCAUCACCGAGCGCCACUAGUGGACAGUCGGCCACAUCGGACACGGUCGUGGUGUUGAGCCAUCUCGGACAGCUGGCCCGUGAUUCACUCAGCAUGUUCAAGAAUCCAAGUCUCACCUCACAGGAUUCGAUAUCGAUUCGAUCGAUGGAUUCGCUGACGGAGAUAGGCAGUGACGGUGCUUGCGGCACUGGUAGAACCGCGUCAAAUGCUGCUCCACCAGUAUCUCAGCUCGAUGGGGCUGCACGUAAAGACGUACCACCGGCGGUACCGACACCACCGACAAGAACUUCUUCAUCUUCAAUAUCGUCAGCAACCACAUUAGCGGCAACACAAAUGUCACCAUCCGCAACAGCGGCACCAUUGGCUGACAGGCAGGAUACACGCUAG